UUUGAAUGGUUGUGUAUGUUCAUGGCCAGUGCUGCAAAAUAAUUUUAGAUUAUUAGCAGCCGCUCGUUUGCUGCAAGCUCAUUAUUGUUUCUUAUUACAGAACAUUGUUUGUGCUAGCUAGUGGUAAAGAGCAAUGCAACAAUUCAUACAUCCAAUUUGUUAGACUUGACUAGAAAUGUGCUAUUGUUCAUUUUUGCAAUUCACAUCACUUAGCAGCUAAAACUUUUCUUCUGUUUUGUGUGUUUCAGGUGUUUUAUGAAUUCACAGGCUCAGCUACUCAUUUGAUGAAGUGGACUUGUGGAAGUGCUGAAAAAAGACCUAGAUCACCAGCAGAUAGAUAACCUGAUGUCUGACACGUUCUCCAAGCGCAGAAAGGAGAUCGUAGGGGAUCAACCUCUCAUUGGGGAUGUCAUGGCUAGAUGGCCGGCCAUGUUCUGUGAGAGACAGGUUCGGGCAGAGUUCAAAAGAGUCGUAAGCACAGACCUUCUCGAAUCGUUUCUCGACGGACUUGAUGACCUGGCACCAAGACUGCUGGAAGUGUACGAAGCUGCGACAAAGUCGGCAAAGAAGCCUGCACUGAAAGCCAUUUUGGACUGUCUGAAGAAAGACGACACAAACGAAAGGAGAAGGACUGCUGCUCUGCUGGGUCUGCCACACUACCUAAGAGAAGAGCCAUCAGACAUCAUCAGGAUGUGUGAUGCCCAUGGUGAGACUCUUGCUGAAGCCAUGGAGGGGAUGCAACUUGGCCUGUUGAUAGGCUACGAAGGUGACAACCAGGAUGCCUUUCCACAUGAGAUCUUCAAUGUGGCUGUUGUGGUUGAGGAGACUGUUGUGCUUCACAACUUCAAGGAUGUGCCAUCGAGCUUUGCCAUGCUUUUGGGGAUUAUCUACUGUGUGAACCUUGAGUAUCCACAAGCCAUGAAGUAUUCUUUUGAAUUCCUUCAGAGGGUAGUGAUGAAGAUCAAACCAGAUCAAGCUUCUGCCAGAGUCCACGGCAUUCGAAACAAGCUCCUGAGGUAUAAUUUGUAAACAAUGCUACACCUGAGAAUGGUUUGGAAUUCUUUUC